AUGUCACUAUUUGCAAGACGACUCUCCAAAGAGCUAAUGGACCUGAAACUUAAUCCGUCUUCCGGAAUAGAAGUUAUUGAGGCGGAGACCUUUAAAAGUUGGAAACUCACUCUGGACGGAGUAGAAGGAACGCUCUAUGCAGGAGAGAGGUUUACUCUGGAGUUUCGAUUUACGCCUAAUUAUCCAAUGGAAUCUCCAGAAGUUGUAUUCAUAAAUAAUGUGCCGAUACACCCCCACUCGAUGCUAUCAAGCUGCACUAAGAAGGAACCACCGCCUGAUAACAUUCAUUAUGUGAGAACAGCAAAAGCUUCUCCAAAACAAACACAAUGGUCAUUUCAUGGUGGGUAA